GGAAACAGAACAUCCAAAUCGCUAAAGAACUGACACACCUGCCCCCUCCCACGAUAUUUCCAUUAAUUCAGGCAAGGAGGCCAUGAAGGAACCCCACUGGUCACCUCGACCUCGUUAACCCAGACUCUGAUCCCCGCGGGACGGGCCAAGCGGUCACCUGUCCCUGCGUGGGCUGGGCCCCAGGGACCCGCCACGUUUGACACAAAACUUCCCAGAACGAGGCGGCCGAGCAGCACAGGUUCCCGAACGGGCCACCCUGAAUCCCAACUUCUGCCUUUGACGGGACAGACACACUCGGAGCUGAGGGCACAUCGCGUCAGACCUUCAAGUACUUUGUUUGUGCCAAAUCAUUACCACUUGCCACAUGAGUCUAAAUCAUGACGGAUGCCAAGUAUGUCCUUUGCAGAUGGAAAAAGCGAUUAUGGCCCGCAAAGGUCCUGGCCGGAACUGAAAAGUCAGCCAAAAAUAAGAGGAAAAAAGGAUAUUUUCUAAACGUUCAGAUACUCUCCUUAGACAAAAAGAUUAAGGUGAAGAGCGCGGAAGCCAAGGUCCUGAGAAAGGUGCACAUCGAAGACAUCGCCUCCUCAUUAGCCUCGCAGGACGGGACUCCUGCUGCGCCCCUGGAGGAGCUGACCUACCGGCGGUCACUCCGCGUGGCUCUGGAUGUCUUGAACGAAAGACAGGGGAGCUCUUCCAGGGAAGGAACGACCCCUCGGCCUCCAAGAGUGAAGCCCAUGGAACCAGCCUCCUGGCCCCCCAAGCCUAGCCUUUCCCCAUCAUUCCUUGAAGACACGGCGGGCAGUCCGGGGCCAACAAAGAGGGAACGCGUGUCCCAGAGGCUGUUCGGCCUGCCAGCUGGUGAGGAGGAUCUGGAGUACGGAGUGGACCACAAGGAGGGGCUCAAGAGGAGUGGAGGCCUGGAUGCCCCGGCUGUGUGUUCAGCCAGCGGUGGCGCUCAGGACAGGGAGGCAUCCAGAAAACAGCGGGCAGACUGGAUGACACCCCUCGGUAAACAAGGGAGGAACCCGGCACAGGGACCCCGCUCAGGUCAGAGAGUGGCUCCAUCCUCAGAGGGAGCCGGCCAGGAAGAUGGUGAGACAGGGCCCGGCCCGGCAGCGCUGUGCUCGCCUCCCGGAGGCAGGGACCUGAGUCCCCUGGAUGGCUGUCCCGCAGAGCACCUGGGCCUGGACAGUGGCCAGAGGCCGAGGGCUCACAUGAGUCCCCACAGCCCUGCUCAGCUCGGCCCCACAGAGGAGGCAGCAGACACCCGGCCACUGGAGGAAGCCCGACCAUUGUCUGAAGAGUUUAUGGAGCCAAGCGCUGUGAACUCUCUCCUGGAGGAGGACGAGGAUGACGAGGAGCCCCCAAGAAUCCUGCUGUAUCACGAACCACGUUCAUUUGAAGUAGGGAUGCUAGUCUGGCAUAAAUACCAAAAAUACCCCUUCUGGCCGGCCGUGGUCAAGAGCGUCAGGCGGAGAGAUAAGAAGGCGAGCGUGCUCUUCAUUGAAGGGAACAUGAACCCCAGAGGGAGAGGUAUCUCAGUGUUGCUCCGACGACUGAAGCACUUUGACUGCAAAGAGAAGCAGGCACUUUUGGACGAGGCAAGGGAGGACUUUGCCCAGGCCAUCGGCUGGUGUGUCUCCCUCAUCACUGACUACAGGGUCCGGCUUGGUGCGUGGGGCUGGGGCAGUGAUGUGGGCUUCCCUUCAUGCCCCCAGGGCUGUGGCUCCUUCGCCGGCUCUUUCCUGGAAUACUAUGCGGCUGACAUAAGCUCCCCUGUCCGCAAGUCCAUCCAGCAGGACGUUCAGGGGACGAGGUUCCCCCAGCUGAGCGGGGGAGACCCCGAGGAGCCUGUGGCUGGGAGCCCACAGGGCAGGAGGCCAGCCUACAGGAAGGUGCUGCCCGACCGCUCGCGGGCCGCCCGGGAUCGGGCCAACCAGAAGCUGGUAGAGUACAUUGUGAAGGCACGGGGCGCCGAGAGCCACCUGCGGGCCAUCCUGAGGAACAGGAAGCCAUCCCGGUGGCUGAAGACCUUCUUGAGCUCUGGCCAGUACAUGACCUGUGUGGAGACAUACCUGGAGGACGAGGAGCAGCUGGACCUGGUGGUCAAGUACCUGCAGGGCGUGUACAAGCAGGCGGGCUGCCAGCUGCUGGCACGUGGGCACGGAGACGGCAUCCGUUUCAUCCUGGACGUGUUACUGCCUGAGCAGUGGCCUUGCUCCAUAUGCUCCUCCAGCCCCUUCUUCUGGACACACUGUAAUGCCAUCAUCUGCGCGAUCUCAGCAGUAGACGCAGUGGACUACAAGACGGCCGAGGAGAAGUACAUCCGAGGACCGGCGCUGAGCUCCCGGGAAAAAGAAAUAUUUGAUAACCAGCUCCUAGAAGAACGGAAUCGGCGAUGCUGAAGCAGGCGGUGGCAGUGCUCCAUGCCUGCGCUCUGGGGGCCGGGCAGGCCGUUUGCCUCCUUCUGUCUGUGGGUUCUAUUUUCCUGGCUCUUGUGGAAGGUAUACUUCCCAACAGGCUUUUAAAGAAAAGAAACACUUUAUUUUAUUUUUUUUUUAAAUUUCACGUCAUUACCUGUGACUGUACUGUGUAGGUUCAUAGAAGGUGCACAUUUGUUUUUUAUGUUGAAAAGCAUUGUAUCUGACAUUCAACAGGAGUUUUAAAGACAUACGAGUGUGCUGCUCUCGGCACAUCAGCGUGUUUUUCCAUUUGUUUCUCUCUUCUGUGCGGUUCCUCUCACACUGGCUCCUGAGUUUGCUGUGCCUCUGUUCUGUGUUUUUGAGAAAACCCGGUGUUUGUGAGAGGCAGCCCAGAGACCAGCUGCCGUCCGCAUUCUUGCCUCUGCUGGCACUCGGGCAGGGGAGAGGCAGACCUUGAACCUCUCCAGCCACUUCCUCCUCGGUCUCUCUGUGGGUUUCUCCACCCAGCCUGCACUCCUGGGCCGGUGUGACAAUCCCUAGUGGCCAUUGCUCCCAUCCAGCCUGGCCAGGGUCACUGUGCAUGUGGCCUGGGCUGUGGGGUUGUGGCCUGGCACCUGCGGAAACCAGCCCUUUGUCUUAAAGCCAGAGCAUGGAUAGGUCCCCUGCUGCCCGAGGGUCCCAGGCUAGGUGCCUGAAGGCUGGGUCCUCAGUGCGGUCACAGAAAUUCUAUACACCACAGAUUAUUUAUUCUAAGCUGACGCGGAGCUGCUUGUGGAAGGAGACCGCCAGCUCCCCACUGUGAUGGCUGCACCACAAAGUCUGAGCCUGGCCAGUGGGGAGAGGUUCUUGUGGGGGUUAGGGAGGUGGAGGGGUGAAGGAGUGGGCCCUGACCAGAGUGGAGUGGUCCAGGAGGAAGGAGGCAUAGCCAUCCCUGCAGGCACCGGGCACCGGCAUGUGACCUCUCUGCUGGUUUUGCAUGACCCUGAGCAGAGGUGCAGCCGCUGGCCCGAGGUCCGGCUGAGCCACCCUCCAAGGAGACCCCAGGGAUGUCCUGGCUGGGCUGGCUUGGAAGGACUCACCCGCUUCUGGAAGGUCCUUUGACAAUGAGCCUUCUUGAAGCAGGUCCGGGUGGAGAGCAGUACGCUCUUGGGGGCAGGGGACCACAUGAACUAUUCCAUUACCGUCGGGUAUUUUUAUAUAUCUGUUCUGAGGUCUGCUUGUGGAACUGAACUGUUGAGACUGGAAUUAAAGGCCGUUUUGCA